UACUAAUUUGCUUGGCAACUGAAUAACAGUUGUGAAUUAGUUUGGUAAGAUUCUUUUCAUAAUAUAAAUUAAAAUGAGCCAGGAAGAAGAUUCAGCUGCCCAUGUAUCUUACCGUACUGCAACAUUGAUGGGUAUCGGCACCGGUGGACUUAAUGUGUAUUUUUUAGAAAACGAGAUGAAACGUGCAAGAGUCGAGACAGUAAAUGUUAUUAAAGAAAGAAAAGAAUCAUCUAACAAGAAUUGUAAGGAUUGUGACGUUUGGAAUCCUGUGUUGAGGUCAAAGCUUCGUUCAGGGUUAUGUAGACUAGAAACAACGGUCUGGAAAUGCAGCGGUUGUGCUGUGUUAUUUUCAUCGUCAAUAUUAGGACAAAACCAUUUGGCAAUCUGCGGUGCCGACAAGAUAAUCACUGAAAUGACAACAGAGUUGUUAAUUCAGUGCCAGUAUUGCAAUCGCACGUUUUCCGAAGAAGAUGAAGUAUUAAGACACCAACGCACGCAUACCACGGAGAAAAAUUACGAAUGCGUAGACUGCCAGUUGGGGUUUGAUAUGUAUAUGUUGGCGGAAUACCAUUGGCUAAAGCCUUGCACCGCUCAUUCGAACGAAUUUUGUUUGCCAAAAGUAAUACUCUGUGAAGUGUGCAAAAUGCAUUUUGUUUCACACCAUGAUCUUUACUACCAUAAGCUCAUGAUGGGACAUCACGGUCUAAAACUAUAUGUUGAAAGUGUCGUCACCAGCGUGGAAUGUGAUGGUGUCGACGACGUUGAUGAGCCUGUUUUCGCAGAUGAGGUGAUGAUAAUGUUAGAGGAGGGGGUAAUGGUUACACUCUGUAUUGAACAGAAGUUCAUCAGACGAUACCAAUGUGUGGGAUGCCCCCAGAUAUUCGCUACAAAAACUGAAAUUACUGAGCAUCAAGCUGAUUGUAAAUGCGUUUGUAGACACUGCAUUAUGGUUGGAAUAACAGAUUGUGGCUUCGACACCAUGAGAGAACUCGAAUGCCAUAUUCAACAACAACACCAACAGAACCCCUUCAAGUGUUGCAUUUGCGAUGAAUCCUUUGCAUUUUCGGGACAAUAUUUGAUUCAUAUUCGACGCCACCAAGGCAUAAAACCGUUUGGUUGCCCAUUUGUUCAAUGUUUUGAGCGCUAUACUGAAUUAAGCGAGCUGUCUGAGCAUGUUUCGGAUGUCCACAUAGAAAAACACUCAUUUAAGUGCGACACUUGCUCUAAAAGUUUUCGAAAUACUUAUUAUAUCCAUUGUCAUAAAUUGAUACAAUCCAUUGAAAAUGAAUUACAAUCAAAGGAUGAGGACCUAAUCCACGACUGCAAAUUCUGCUACAAAUCUUUUAAAUAUCAUCAAACUUUGUGGACACAUAAUGCAUUGCUACACCCAGGAGAAUCCACAAAUUAAGAUUUUCAAUUUUAUGUUUUUUCGUUUGUACUCAUUUAUAUAAAUGUAUU